GUAUGCAAAUUUACAAAAAUGAAAUAGAAUUAUUAAAUGAAUUUAAAAAAUAUGUUAAUAGGAAAAAGAUUAAAAAUAAACAAGGUAAAAAUAAUUUCAAAAGCAAAAAACAAUCAAAAGAGAAAAAUACUAAGAAAGAUAAACAAGAAGAAAAUAAUUUCAAAAGUGAAAAAUCAGAGAAAGAAAUUGCUGUUGAGAUUAUAACUUUAAUCAAUUCUUGA